CCCACUGUACAAUGAAUGAUUGAACCUGGGUUCAGUAUUACAUAUGUGCUGACACCAUCGUUUUAUCUCCUUUCUUUCACUAUAUAUAUCUAUAGAUAGAUAGAUAUAGAUAUAUACCCAAGUUCCUAUUAUGAGCAGCCACAGUGUUGGAAUGGAGAUUGUAGAAGACGUAGUGAUAGUAGGGGCUGGAAUUGCUGGUCUCACCACAGCCUUGGGACUCCAUAGGCUGGGAAUUCGUAGUUUAGUAUUGGAAUCAUCGGAGAGAUUAAGGAUCACCGGAUUUGCUUUCACGACGUGGGAAAAUGCAUGGAAAGCUUUGGAUGCUAUUGGCAUCGGUGAAUCUCUACGCCGUCAACAUUACCUGAUGUCUAGCAUAGUAGUUGCUUCUACAUUCUUAGAGAAGCCGGCGGUAUCGGAGAUGUCAUUCAAGGGUCAUGAUAUUCGUUGUGUUCAACGGCGAUCAUUGUUGGAAACAUUAGCAAAGGAACUCCCCAAUGGAACCAUAAGGUUCUCUUCUAAAGUGGUUUCCAUUGAUGAAUCUGACGACCACUUUAAAAGACUGCAUCUUGCCGAUGGAACCAUCCUCAAAACCAAGGUCUUGAUAGGGUGCGAUGGAGUGAACUCAGCGGUGGCAAAAUGGCUUGGUUUACAAAACCCUGUUUUCUCAGGUCGAUCAGCAAUUCGAGGCAAUGCGCAUUUCAAAGGCGGCCAUGGAUUUGAACCCAAAUACAGACAGUUCGUUGGCAAAGGUGUUCGAUCAGGAUUCCUUCCUUGUGAUGAUGAGAAUGUUUAUUGGUUUUUUACUUGGACUCCAGCCACAAAAGAAGAAGAAAUGGAAGACAAACCACUUAAGCUAAAGCAAUUGGUAACAAGCAAGCUCAAAGAUACAUCCGAUGAAAUGAAAUCUGUCAUCGAAAAAACACUGCUAGACGACAUCAUAUCAUCGCCAUUAAGAUACAGAAAACCAUGGGAGCUGCUUUGGGGAAACAUUAGCAAAGGCAACGUUUGUGUAGCCGGUGAUGCUCUUCAUCCCAUGACCCCAGAUAUCGGCCAAGGUGGGUGUUUAGCCAUGGAAGACGGCGUCGUUCUCGCUAGAUGCCUUGGUGAAGCCUUGUUGAAACCAGGGGUUGAGGAUGAAGAAUAUGAGAGGAUUGAAAUGGGGUUGAAGAAAUAUGGUCAAGAAAGAAAAUGGAGAAGCUUUGAUUUGAUUACUACUGCUUUCAUGGUGGGUUUUAUACAACAAAACGAUGGGAAGGUGCUGAGUUAUUUGAGGGAUAACUUUAUGUUGAGGUUCUUGUCUGGGCUGUUGUUAAGGAAGGCUGGUUUUGAUUGUGGUAAGCUUUGAUUAAUGAAUGUCUUUAGUUUUAAAAGUAGAAGUUUAAAUUCUCAAUGGAUUAAAUUAUAAAUGUAAGAAAAGUAUAGGGUUUUAGAAUAUAUUUUAAUAUUUAUUUAAAUUAGUCUUUGAGCUUAAGCCUCUGUUUUUUUUUUUGUUUAAUGUAUAAAUCAGUAUGAGUUUGAUACA